AUGAAUUUCGCUAAUAUGAAUAUUUCAUGUCAAUCAUCAUCAACGAUUAAUUUAGUUGAACAUGUUCAAGAACAACGUCGAAAUAAAUUUAUUCUAAUAAUUAGUAUUGUUAUUGCAAUUAUAUGUUUUAUUUCAACAUUGAUUAUGAUAAUUAUCUAUGUAGCGACAAGAAGACAAGGAGAUACUCAUCCGAUAAUUAUUAUUUCAAAUACUUCAUUAUAUUCAUGUAUUAAUCAAUCUGUAGAAUAUAUAACACCACAAAAACCAUUUUUUGGUUAUAGUCAAUAUCGAAUUGAUGCAAGUUCAUUCAGUCCAGAAACUCUAAUAACACUUAAAAUAACAAUUUAUCCACCAAAUAUUGGUUGUACUUGGUCAUUUGAUGUAUAUCCAAUGGAUGGUCGAAUUAUUCCAAUAAGUGAACAUAUAGCAGGUUCGGUUUUUAGUCAUUAUGAUCUAAAACAAGAUUCAACUGUAGAAUUUCGAAAUAUUGGUAUACUUAAAGAUUGGGGUGCUGAAACUGGAAAAUUCAUUGUAGCUAUCGAUGGUGCUUGGUAUGGAACAGCGGGUGUUGGAUGUAAAGGAUAUGGACUAAUGACUGUAUGCUUUUCUUCUCCAGGAAAACUAACAAGAUAA